GGAGAGCCAAAGAGGAAGAGGAAAGACGCAAGAAGAAGGCGGAACAAGAGGGAGAAGGCUCAGGCUCAGAGGAAGAAGAAGAAACGGAGUCCGACCAGGAGAAAGAAGAGGAGAAGGAGGAAGGAGAGAAGGAGACCGAAAGCGAGAAAGAGGAAGAGAGUGAGGAUGGUGAGGAGGAAGAGGAUGGCAAAAACAAGUAGAUCAAAAGAGCCUCAAGCCCUUUUCUGUAAUUAGUGUGAAGUGUCAUCAGAAAUGGGCCCUAAUUGUGUGUGUUGAUUUUCGCUUUCCACUAAAAGCUUGCAACUAUUUCACCAAACAGAGACUCUCACUUCGUUCUUCGUAGUCACCCCAAGUAAUAAGUAACCUCUCCCUCAGUUUACCCUUGAAAGAUCCCGUUUUCUUUGAUGUAUAUUUUCUUGCGCUGACGUUGAGCGAUACUACCCGCAGAUUAGUGGCACGGGCAAAAUUGUGGACGUUCUUUUUAUUGGACCAUUUCCCAUUUUUAUUCGACUAUUUCCUUGUGAAGCGAAGAGUCCCGCAUCCCCCGCCACCAUUUUUUUUUUUUUUUUUUUUUUGUGCCAGACUGAAAUGGAUAUCACCUCCAGAAUGGUUUUUAACAUCGUGGUUAGAUGUGAAGCAUAUUAGACAUUCAACCACAGCUGAUAUAGACUGUCUGAAAGCAACCCGCCAGAGCACGCGUGUUCUUCAUUGAAUUUCUUUCGCAUUCUGGAUCGUUUAAAAGAUAUUCGCAGCCGGAAAGACCACCAUUACCAGUUUACCAGAAAAGACACACGGAAGACGAAGACGGUUUUAACUAGCGUUACGGGGGAUAACACGCACCUGUGAAUAAUUGAGAUCAAUCAAUCUUGACGCUACACAACAUUCAAGGAUCGUGAAGAAGAGGCAGCAGCAGCAGCAGCUGGUGGGGAUUGAUUGACUGCCUUUAAAUGAGGAUACACUGCCAAUCAUUGUAUUCUUACUAGUCUCCAGAAUAAUCCCUGCCUCGUUUCUGAGGAUUGAAAAGGCCUUUCGUAGCAACCAAUAGCUGAUCAGCAUUUCAUCCACGCGAUUGCACCCAGCCAAUAGGAAUUAUCCGUCCAUACCUGCCAUAGCUACCAAGCUCCCCACCUCAUUACAAUACCUUGACAUUUUUUUUUAUGGGAAGACCUACUGGAAACAUUCAAGAUGUUUAUCUACUAUCCAGCAAAGAACAUGGGCAGAAGCAGAGAGCCUCCCGUGAACAAGGGCGUGGGAGGCUACCGCCCGACCAUCAACUGGAGGGACAUCUCCAUCCGGAGGAAGAACAUGGCCGACAAGCAGGUGCUGGCCUGCAUCGUCCUCUCCGGCGUCAUCAUCAUCAUCGUCGGCAUCGUCCUCACCGUCCUCGGGUUCCUCGUCAUCAAGAGUCAGUGCCCCUUCGACUGGGUAUCGGGAGCCGGGUCAUGCUACUACUUCGCCCAACACAACGCCUCGUGGGAGAGCGGGAAGGAAUACUGCGAGGACCAGGGAACCGACCUGCUGGACCUCCAUUCGUCUCAAGAGGAGUCCUUCGUCGUGGGAAAGAUGCAGGGCCGGAGCUGGUUGGGCCUCAACAGGAAGAAGGGCGAGGCCAGUUUCGUGUGGGUCAGCGGCUCCAAACUGAACUUCACCCAGGGCGAGAUCUCCCUGGCCAUGGACACCGUGGCGCUGACCAAGGAAUGCGGAGUGAUCGAGGAGUCGGCCGAGUGGAUGGUGUCCCCGUGCGAUGACAAAGGAAUGGCCUUCGUCAUCUGUGAGUAUGUCCCGAACUACAACCCCUUCAUGCUGGUGGGUCCCGUCGUCAUCUUCUGCGGGGUGGUGCUUCUGCUGCUGAGUGUCGAGGUCUGCGUCAGGAGAAGGGAGUUCCUCGAGAACAACCCAGAGGUGCUCAACGAUGACGACGAUCGACAGGUGGACGAGGGGCUCGUCAACUACGGCUACGGACACUUCGAGAGCGACGAGGAUGUCUCCGAUGCCUCUGCCAUGCCGCCGAAGGUGUCUUGGCCCGUCGUGGGAGACGCCACUCCCACGAAGACCCCGAGGCGAGACGCCCCCGGCAUGAGCCCCGUCGAAGACUCGGGCAGCGGUCCCGUAGUCCACGUGGUCCCGGCGUCCCUGCCCACGUCUCCAUCCUUAGCGACGAUCCCUCAAGAAGACCACACGCAGUCUCAGGAGCACCUGGAACUACUUCUGUCGCCCAAGACUCUCGAGUGACGGUGUGACGUAGACAUUUUGUAGUUCUGAGAUCAGUCAUUCGUAGCUGUAGAGGACGAUUCGUGAGGCGUGAGGCGACAGAAGUGCAAUCAGGACCGCCUACUACAGGAUGCGGUUGGUUAUGUAAUGAUCGUUCAAAGGAGUAUUGUACUUUUAAGUGACUGAGUUAUGGAAUUAAGAAUAUAGAACACAGAUCGUUAGUAGUCUUAAGUCAUUUUUUAAGAGUCUUUACACUUAAUACUAUUAUAGAUAGAAAACAAAAUGCUAGCGGGUGUCAGACUGCUUGUUCUUGGAGUAGAUAUCAAGAAGUUUGCUGACUGGGUAGGGCAAGUCAGCCGUAUAAGAUAUUGUUGCAGAAAACACCAGACUUGUUAUCGAGUUAAAUUAAGGAUGACCCUUUGCUAAAUCUUACAGUUAUGUUGCAGAGAAGAUCAAAUCAAACAUAAGAACAAAAUCUUAAAGAUAUAUUCUUGAAUGCAAUUGAACUGUGAUACAAAAAUUUUAUGAAAGUCAAAAUGAUAAGAUAUCAAUUGUAAUUGGUAGUUUAAAAGAAUGUGAUAAUUUUGCCUGAUUAAAAAAAAAAUAAAGAAAACAAACUUAUGGUGGAAACUCCCACAGCUUGAAAUAUGAAUGCCGACUCUACGUGCCUUGAAUUCCCCCAAUUCACAAAGUGACGCCAUAUCAUUAUAAUUAUCAUCACUAUGAUCGCUGUUUUUGAAUGGUUGUUUACUGUUGUUCCCUGAAGAUUACGUUUGAAGUCAACAUUUAAAAGGGGAAAUGUUUGUUUUUUUUAUUUGUGUUUGAGGAUUUAUAAUAAAAGCUCAACAAGUCUUUAAAAACUGACGAAUAUUUAUGAUGGAAUUUUCAUUAUAGAACUGAAAGGAUAUUGUUAGAUGUUGUUCACAUUUUUAUAGUUACGAAACUACGAAACUACAUACGAUUGACCACGCAAAUACAAUCAACUAUAUUUUGAAUGGGUUGCGAGAUUUUUUUAUGAUAAAGUUGAUCAUGAGUAGCAUUGAACCUUGUCAUUUGGUGUGAAAAACGAUGCAAAAAAAUAAGUAAAUGAUUAAACGGAAUGAAAAACACUGUAUCUGUGAUAUGUACGCACAUGACUCUCAGCGUCAUCAAAUGUCAUUUCUGUGUGUGUUGCAUUUUUUUUUUCCUUUUUUUAUCUUGCUCUCUUAAUCAGACCUUUCUCUCGGAGUGCUUUCAAGUCAGCCAAAAUCGAGUAAAAAUAAAUCAAACAGUUUUUUUUUUAAAAGAUACUAUUUCUUUCUGACACUCGCCGAAAUGGAGACUGGAGUUUUAACUCUCUCUUUUUUUCAGAUUGAUCCUUAUAUGUACGCCACUUUAGUUCACUUUUAUACCUGAUUUAUUUUUAUUUUAGAAACAGUUCUCACCCAAUAAAGGAAAAUGUCCCCACCGUUCGCUCUCUCUCAUAAGAAUGUGAGAAAUGGAAAUUUUUCUACAGAUUUUUAUUGAGGUCGUAGGUCCUGUUAUCCAGAUUUUUUUUUUUUUUUUUUCAUUUUUUGCGGGAUUUCUCUGCCAGUUCAUCCUACUACAUAAAAUUAAAACAGGAACUAUCUUCGAAAAAAAGAAAUGGCUUUAUUCCAUAUUGCGUAUCUUUCCUAUGUGAAAAUGUAGGUGUGUGUAUAUAUGGCUUUGACACGCGUAUACUGAUAUGCUGUAUAAAUUUAUAUAAUGUAAUAUAUAGUAUAUA